CCCUUCCCCCUCCCCUCCCCCUCCCCCCCCGCGGCGUUUCCUGGGUGGGGCCAAAAGGGCCAAAAUCGGGCAAAAAGCGGCAAAAAGGGACAAAAUCGGGCAAAAAAGGACAAAAAAGGGACGAAAAGGAUAAACCGGGACCACCCGGACCGGGAAGAGACAAGCGGGACCACCCGGGACGAACCGGGACAAGCAGGAAGGCCCGGGACUACCCAGAGACCACCUAGGACAAACCGGGACAAAGCGGGAAGGAUCGGAACCACCCGGGACAAAAGGGAACCGUUUAUCCCGGUUUGUCCCGCUCUGUCCCACUCCCUUCCGGUCCGUUUGUCCCGCUCCGUCCCGCUCCGUCCCGGGAUGCCGCUCCCCGCGCCGCUCCCCGCGCUGCUGCUGGCCGCGCUCUGUCCCGCGCUCGCCCUCAACACGUGCCGCACGCUGGACCUGGAGGCGGCGCGGCUGAAGCGCAUCGAGGCCGUGCGGGGGCAGAUCCUGAGCAAGCUGCGGCUGCCGGCGCCGCCGCCGGACCCCGAGCCCGAGCCGGCCCCGGCGCUGCCCGAGGACGUGCGGGCGCUCUACAACAGCACCCGCGAGCUGCUGCGGCAGCGGGCGAUGCACCGGGAGCUGCCCGACCCGCAGGAGUACUGGGCCAAGGAGCUGUUCCGGUUCCCGAUGGAGACACCGGGGGACGGUGACGCAGAGAGCUGGCGCCCCACCGCCCACAGCCUGUUCUUCGUGUUCAACGCAACGCGGCUGCGGGCGGGGCUGGGCCGGGCCGAGCUGAGCAGGGCCGAGCUGCGCAUGCUGCGGCAGGGGACGCAGGGGACAGCACAGGGGACACAAGGGACAGCGACAGCCACGGGGACAGCCACCGGGACACUGGGGACUGAGCAGAGAGUCGAGCUCUACCAGGGUUUCGGGAACUCCUCCUGGCGCUAUCUCCAGGGUCGCUCUGUUCGUGUCACCGCUGAGGACGAGUGGCUCUGGUUCGAUGUCACCGACAGUGUCCAGCAGUGGCUGCGCAGCUCUGAGUCGGUGGCCGUGUUCCGGCUGAGCGCGCACUGCCCCUGCGAGCCCGAGGGGGGCGCUGCGCCCGCACUGCGCAUCAGCAUCGAAGGGUUCGAGCAGCAGCGGGGGGACAUGCAGAGCAUCGCGCGCCGGCACCGCCGCGUGCCACACGUGCUGGCGAUGGCGCUGCCGGCGGAGAGAGCGCAGGCCCUGCACGGACAGCGGGCACGGAGAGACCUGGGCACACAGAGCUGCGGGGGUCCCGAGGAGCAGAGCUGCUGCGUGCGCCCCCUGUACAUCGAUUUCCGCCGGGACCUGCAGUGGAAGUGGAUCCACGAGCCCCGGGGCUACAUGGCCAAUUUCUGCGGUGGGCCCUGCCCCUACAUCUGGAGCGCCGACACCCACUACACCAAGGUUCUGGCCCUGUACAACCUGCACAACCCUGGGGGCUCAGCGGCGCCAUGCUGCGUGCCGCAGAGCCUGGAGCCGCUGCCCAUCGUUUACUACGUGGGGCGCAAGGCGCGUGUGGAGCAGCUCUCGGGGAUGGUGGUCAGCGCCUGCAAGUGCAGCUGACCCCAAACCGCCCCAAAACAUCCCCAAAACAUCUCAAAACCUCCCCAAAAACCACCUCAAAACCGCACUGAAACCGCCCCAAAAAUACCCCAAAAGCACCUCAAAGUCAGCACCAAAAACACCCCAAAAAACCAGCAAAACCGCACUGAAACUGCCCCAAAAAUACCCCAAAACACCCCAAAAACAGCCCAAAAACACACCUCAAAACCGCACUGAAACCGCCCCAAAAAACAGCCCCAAAACACCCCCUGGACUGGCUGGAAAGUGUCCCAGAAACAGCCCAAAACCACCCCCAAAAACACCCCAAAACCGCUUCAAAAAACACCCCAAAACUGCUACAAAAUACAUCCCAAAACUGCUCCAAAAAACACCCCAAAACUACUCCGAAAUACACCCCAAAAACACCCAAAAACCACCCCAAAACCACCUCAAAACUGCACUGGAACAGCCCCAAAAACACCCCAGAAACACCCCAGAGCCGCACUGAAACUGCCCCAAAAAUCACCCUAAAACCGCCCCAAAAAACAGCCAAAACCACCCCAAAUCUGCUCCCAAAACACCCCAAAAUCUCCCCAAAAACAGCCCGAAACUGGUCCAAAAGCACUCCAAAACCACCCCAAAAUCAUCCCCAGAAACACCCCAAAAACACCCCCAAAAAAACUCCAAAAUUACCCCAAAACCCCCAGAAGUCUCCAGAUUUGCCCCGGAAAAUCCCCAGCUCCAUCCUGCAGCUUUGUAUAAUAAAUUUAUUUAAUUUCUAA